AUGGCAAGAAGAUCCACAAAACUCCUCAACCACCUCAUAUCUCCCCGAUCGGAGUCGUCACUCGGUUCAAAGCGAUGGGUGACCUACAUGCACCGUCCCGGCGACGGAACACCGCGUCCCGUGACAAUGAUCCCCGGCGACGGGAUCGGACCACUCGUUACCGGCGCGGUUGAGCAAGUGAUGGAGGCGAUGCACGCGCCUGUUUAUUUUGAGAAAUUCGAUGUGCACGGUGAUAUGAAAGCUGUUCCCACGGAGGUUCUUGAAUCGAUCCGGAAGAAUAAGGUUUGUCUGAAAGGUGGAUUGGUUACUCCUAUGGGUGGUGGUGUUAGUUCGCUUAAUGUUCAGCUUAGGAAGGAGCUUGAUCUCUAUGCGUCGCUUGUUAAUUGCUUUAAUCUUCCGGGAUUGCCUACGAGACAUGAUAAUGUUGAUAUUGUAGUUAUUAGGGAGAAUACUGAAGGGGAGUAUGCUGGGCUUGAACAUGAGGUUGUUCCCGGAGUCGUCGAAAGCCUAAAGAAGGAAGCUCAUCAAGGAGAAGACAUUUCUCUCUCUUCCCAAACCUUUCAGGUGAUUACAAAGUUCUGUUCUGAGCGUAUUGCAAAAUAUGCAUUCGAGUAUGCUUACCUCAACAACAGAAAGAAAGUGACUGCUGUCCACAAAGCAAAUAUAAUGAAGCUUGCAGAUGGUUUGUUCUUGGAAUCCUGUCGAGAGGUUGCCACCAAGUAUCCUGGAAUUAAAUAUAAUGAAAUUAUUGUGGACAAUUGCUGCAUGCAGCUUGUUUCGAAGCCUGAGCAGUUUGAUGUCAUGGUUACCCCAAAUCUAUAUGGAAAUCUUGUUGCAAAUACUGCCGCAGGCAUUGCUGGAGGCACUGGAGUCAUGCCAGGAGGUAAUGUCGGGGCUGAGCACGCAGUGUUUGAGCAGGGUGCUUCAGCAGGAAAUGUUGGUAAUAAUAAAAUAGCGGCACAAAAAACAGCCAAUCCAGUGGCACUUCUUCUCUCAUCAGCUAUGAUGCUUAGGCAUCUCCAGUUUCCUGCAUUUGCUGACCGUUUGGAAACUGCUGUUGAAAAAGUCAUUCUAGAGGGCAAGUAUCGGACAAAAGAUCUCGGAGGUACAAGCACCACCCAAGAAGUUGUCGAUGCAGUAAUAGACGCCUUAGAUUGA